ACGGAAUGGUUCGCUCGUCAUGUCUCUCCCGUGUAGCCAAGUCGCAUAGUUGUUGAUUUCAUUUUUGGUCUCCAGUUGAGCUCGUACUGUUAACAGCAUUUAGUUUUAUUUUCUUACACAUCUUUUUGAAGAAUGAGCGACAACGAUGACAUCGAAGUCGACAGUGACGCAGACAAACGGGCCCAUCACAAUGCACUGGAGCGCAAACGCAGGGAUCAUAUCAAAGACAGUUUCCACAGUUUACGGGACUCAGUGCCUGCUCUGCAAGGAGAGAAGCAAUCUGUCAAACAGGCUUCCCGAGCUCAGAUCCUAGACCAAGCCACAGAGUAUAUCCAGUACAUGCGCCGGAAAAACCACACCCACCAGCAGGACAUAGACGACCUGAAGAAACAGAACGCACUGCUGGAGCAGCAGGGUGAGUGUCUAGCCAGGGGCCUGGAGCUGGGCAAGAGGUCUCGCAAGGGACCACUGGUCCGGGCCCUGGAGAAGGCCAAGGGGAACACUCAGGUCCAGUCCAGCUACUCGUCUCCUGACAGCAGCUUGUACACCAACCCCAAGGGGAGCGCCGUGUCAGCGUUUGAUGGAGGCUCAGACUCCAGCUCCGACUCGGAGCCAGAAGACCCGCCCACCAGGAAGAAGCUACGGGUAGAGCCUAGCUAGGCCCCCCCCCACCAGAGACUCUCUUCCUCCUACCUGACAGCUGUCUCUCUCCAGCCUUCCCACGCCAGUCCCGAGGACCGGGUGGUGAUGUCAGAGAGGUUCUGUAUACCACGUGCUUCAACCUUUCUCCUCACCUGGCUAGCGUCCUGUCACUCCUGUGGCCCCGCAAAAACCCUCAACACCCCUCAAGUGAGGCAGCUCUGCAGUUUUGAAGGACUUUGCUUUUAUAACCUCAUAACCGUUCAUAAUCAGAUGUGGAUGCAACAAGGUGUACUGCUUUAGUUUAGCUACAAUGAAUGCCCCGAUUUGUUUUGAAAAACUUAAACAAACCUGUUCAAAGAGUUUGGACACUUACACAGACAUUUGAAAAAUUGUCCUUUGAAAUAGUUUACCUUUUUAAUAUUUGUACUUUUCCACGAAAGAAUGUGAAGUUGCUUUGGGAAAAAAAAACAUUUUAUGCCACCCUCCUGAGUCAGUGUAGUUGGCAGAAGAUUUUGUCUUUAAACUAUUUGUGUAAUCAAAUCCCUAUAUUUAAAGUGAUAGAUCGAAAUGUAUUUCUUAUCCCUCAUUGUAUAUUGGUGUUUAGCUUGAAAUUUAUCAAUUGGCAAAAGCGGAUUAACAUGUUGGCUUCUCAUUUAAUAUAUAUUCUCACUUUGCAGGUUCAGCUGUUCUUUUUUGGUUUUCUAAGGAAUGGGGAUAUUACACAAAAAAGCAAAAAGAUAAUAAAGCUAAUUUCCCAGAUGGAUAUGGAAUGUUACACAGUGCAGUUGAAGGGUAUUGAUUUAUUUUGUGAAGAAAAAAAAGGUCCAUAUCAGUGUGUAGGACUGAACAGUAUACUCUUAAAUGUUGUCAAAUCUACAUAGAAAAAAACUCUGGAAGUGUUUGCCUGUCCUGGGAAUGUUUGUUUUUCAAUUUUACAGAGGUUAAUUAAGUGUGUACUAUAGAUAUAUUUGUUUAUUCCAUUCCAUGGAAACUACAGGUAUGUUGUACAUACUGCCAACAGUUGUCUUGCAAGUUGAGGCAUACCUUUACUAUGAGACUAUAAAUAAAAACUAUUUUAUCCUUUUUGUUCA